AUGAGUUUGGGUGCGCGCGCCACCAAGGGUGGUGCGAAGGGCGGCGCGAAAGAUGGCAAGCAUGCACAGGACACGCGAAAGACCACAGAAAAAACCCAGACCAAGGAAAAGGUGAAACCACAGGCAACAACAGAACAGCUCCGAAUGGCACACAUGAUCGAUCGUAAAAGCGAUGACGCGUCUGACGUUCGAAGAAUGGUGCUAGAACUAAUGGAGAUGACGUGUCGCACCGAGGAGGAGGUCUGCUCGGCGCUGCACGACUCUGACAAUGACAUGGUAGCCGCUUGCAACUUGUUACUGGAGGAAAGCCAACGGAUACAGGGCGAGUGGCAAACCAGUGAGAAAAAGAAAAAGAAACCUCCGGCUUCGGCCGGCAAUGGUGAACUCGACCCGCCUCGAGACCCACGCAGUCGCUCAGGGCCCCGUCCACGUCGGGGGUCUGGCGAACGUGGAGAGCGAGGUGAUCGAGGCGACCGGGGCGAGCGAGGAGAGCGUGGAGAGCGCGGAGAACGCGGCGAGCGGGGCGAGAGGGGCGAGGGAGGCUGGCGCGGCCGCGGCUCGGGCCGGGGGCGGGGCGGAGCGCGGGGGGCGCGGGGAGGGGGCGCGCGCCGCGCCCGCCCCGGCCGCGCCCCGCCCGCCAACUGGCAGGACCAGCCCUCCAACGUGGGCAGCAUGGCCGAACCGUUCCCUACCACAGAGGACUGGGACAAUGAGGAGUGGUCAGGAUCUCUCUCAGACACUAAGAUGUUGAACAUCCCAAGGAUUGACAAUACAGCUGUGUUCACGCCAAGCGUCAAUACGCAGAGCUUGCCCACGGACGGGGAUGCGCCCGCGCAGAACAGCACCGCUGAGCCGUGGGACGCCAAUGAGCUCAACGGGCCCUCCGACGGUCAGAUCACGACGUACUCGUACAGCAACCCUGCACACAUACCUGCGCACCCGCACCACCAGUCGCUCGUCCAGCAAAUGAACCCUGGCAGUCGACAAUCUCCGGUGAGUGCGGUCACGGCACCACCCCCUACCACUGACACACAACCUCCCACAGCAGACACCUUCCAUCACCAGCACCAUCAUCAGCCGAUGGGCAUGUCGGGCAGCCUGACGGCAGCGCAGUCGCAGUACCUCUCGCAGCUCACGCAGCAGUCGCAGCGCCACGACAACAGUGUGUACACAUCGAAUUACGGUGUCUACGGUUCGUCAGAUAUCACGAGUCAGAGGAAACCACAGAGGGCGAGGGUACCACCGCCGUCAAAGAUCCCGUCGUCGGCGGUGGAGAUGCCGGGCGGCGCGGAGGGGGGCGCGGCGCUCUUCCUCGACGUGCAGUUCGGCGCGCUCGAGCCCGACCAGCUCGCCGACACGCCCAAGCAGCAGCAGCCCCCCCCAGCGGCGCCAGAGCCGACGCAAGCGCCCAGCGUAGCGCCGCACGAGCCCACCAGCUCACCGCCCCCCACCACCAACUCCUACCCCCAGCCAGCCAACAGUGUGCCCAGCAACUUAAAUGAGACGUUAUCAGCGGUGGAGACGACACCACAGAGCCAACCGUCAACUACCUCAGAACCCACAGUCACAAACACGACGUUGGCCGGCUCGGCGCUGGAGGCUCAGCUCGCGGCGUCCAUGAAGCAGCUCUCGACCGCCGCCCCCCCCGCCCCCGCGCAGGACGCGCCGCCGCACCACCACCAGCAGCGCCCCAAGACCGUAGGCCAACAGAAUGUGUACGCGGCCCACCACGCGGUGUCGCACCACCCGCCAGUGUACGGCGCCAAUGUGUACGCGCCACAGGUGAACUCAACGAAUGCCGCUUCACUAACCGGCGCCUCCGCCAUGACCGCUACGGCCUACCCCUCCAGCGUCACACUCACACAGUACCAGCCAAUGAUGAACUCCUAUCAGCAGACGUCGUCGUCGGCGGGAGUGUACGGGGGCAGCGCGCUCUACACGGCGGCGCCCUACACGCCCUACCAGCCCACCGCACAGCCCAAGGUGCAGCCUAAGGACACGCAACAGGUGCAGUAUGACAAUUCAGUGGCGUCAAGCAAUAGUUUAACGAACGCAACGACGACACAGACCUCAACAGCCAAAGUUGCGACGACUACAGUGGUGGCGGGGCAGGCGGGGCAGGCGGGGCAGGGCGGGGGCGGGUCGGCGUACGCGGGCGGCGCGCUGUACGGCGCCGGCGCCACGCCCUACGCGCCCUACGACGACCAGCUCAUGCGCUCCACGCUACCGCACCACAUGGGUGGAUACUACGAAGUAGGUUACGGAGGUCGGGAGGGAGCGUUUGGACUGAGCGCGGGAGAGAGGUUCGGCAGGACUGAUGCUGCGUCACCACAACAGGUGCCAGCGGCCGCCCUCCCUCCAGGCUACGCGUACUUCGCAUAUCAACCUCCACCCACCACAUACCAGUAUGGAGUCUACCCCACGUACGGCGGUGGGUCGAACGUGGGCGGCGUGGGCGGAGUGGGGGGCGUGGGCGGCGUGUCGGGCGGCGGCAAGGUGUCGACGUACGCGCAGCAGCAGCAGCCGCCGUACGACGCGCAGGACUCGUACAAGGGCGGCGCCGCCUACUCGGCCGGCGCCAAGCCCGCGCCCGGCGCGGACCUGUCCAGCGCCAUGUACGCCAAGGGACACGUCGCGCUCAACAAGGUCAACAGCUACGAGAAAGCGACCUUCCACAGCGGUACGCCACCCCCUUUCGGCGGAGCCUCGCACCUCUACAUCCCUGCGCCGCCGCACCACCACCCCCACCACCACGCGCCUCAACAGCACCAGAUGGAUGUACGGGUGAACAGUAGUCAUAAUAGGCGGGAGAGCGUAGCGGGCGUCAUACUGGGCGCCAAACUAGACGCCACCGACAGACAAUCCCAAACGAUCGUCGGUCGAGUGACAAAUGUACAUAGCGCUGGCGCGACCCCCUCACAUCAGACAAUUGCGCGCCCGAUAGUAUAG